AUAAGUCCUUUUCUUUGCUGUAUAUUUUCAGCGAAGAAUUUGCUGCUACUUUUGGUUGUUUCUUCAGACCUCUCUCUCUACAUUGACGCACUGCUCAACAGCAAUUAUCAUUUUCAUUUCAUCAUCCACUUAAGUUAAGUCUCUUCUUCUCUCUUAUUAAAGAUGAUUAGGGUUUCAUUUUCAAUCUAUCAUCAUCUUCUUUGAUGCUCUUCAUAUCAGUCUCUCUUCUCUGAGUCAGAGAGAAAGCGAGAGAGAGAGCCUUCGAGAGAAAUUUGAAAAACUGUGAAGAUUUUGAGUUCAAACCGAGUGUACGAAACUUCUGAGCUAAUUUUUUUUUUUUUUUUUGAAACAUGGGAGAUUUGAGCUUCAAACCGGAGAAAUGAAGGAUUUAUGUGAUUUCAGCUGAGUAGUAGCAAUUUCUUAGGGUUUAUUUGAGGUUUUUGGUUAAAACGUAGUCGGUAAACUUGAAUUCGAGUUCGUCAAGCUUAAUUAAGUAUUUUCUUUCUUCGAUUCUUCAUCAAGGGAGUGGAAAUUGAUUUGAGCUUGUUAAGUCCAAAUUGGGGAUUUUCUUUAGGAAAAGUUUAAAAAUUUGAACUUCUUCUUUGAGAAGAGAGAAAAGGGGUUGGGUAGUAUCAGUCAUUAAAAUAGUGUUUCUCUGAAGAAAAGACAAGUGUAUUUUCGGAAUGGUUAGAUGAUAGAAAUCUAAGCGGAAACCUGCAAAAGUAAUUUUGUUUUGAGAGUCUUUGAAAGAAGUCGUAUUUAUCUUUAAUUUAACAAAAGAAAAGAGGCGGAGUUUACGAGAGAAUCUUAGAGCUAAAAAAACAAGCCUUAUAAGCUUAAAAUAUAAGGCGUUCGCAGUUUCUUUCUUUCUCUACUUCUGUCUUUAUCUUCUUCUUCUUCCUGUAAGAAUUUGUAUUUUGUGUAAAAAAUGGCGAUGGUUCUAACGCCACACAGAGAAAAUAGCGGUGGUGGUGGUAGUAUUAGUAAACAUCUUGAUGCUGCUGGAAAGUAUGUGAGAUAUACUUCUGAACAAGUUGAAGCUUUAGAACGAGUUUAUGCUGAAUGUCCUAAACCUAGCUCUAUGAGAAGACAACAGCUUAUUCGUGAGUGUCCUAUUCUUUGUAAUAUUGAGCCGAAACAGAUUAAAGUUUGGUUUCAGAAUCGCAGGUGCAGGGAGAAGCAGCGGAAAGAGUCUUCUCGACUUCAGACAGUGAACAGGAAAUUGACUGCCAUGAACAAGUUGUUAAUGGAGGAAAAUGAAAGACUUCAGAAACAAGUGUCUCAACUCGUGUAUGAGAACGCUUACAUGCGGCAACAAUUACAAAACGCAUCUGCGGCAACCACUGAUGCAAGCUGUGAAUCUGUGGUUGAGACUCCACAGCAUACUUUAAGAGAUGCAAAUAACCCCGCUGGACUCCUAUCUAUCGCCGAGGAGACCUUGGCAGAGUUUCUUUCAAAGGCUACAGGAACUGCUGUUGAUUGGGUCCAGAUACCCGGGAUGAAGCCUGGUCCGGAUUCGGUUGGGAUUGUUGCUAUUUCACACACUUGUAGUGGAGUGGCAGCACGAGCCUGUGGUCUCGUUAGUUUAGAACCUAUGAAGAUUGCAGAAAUUCUCAAAGAUCGUCCAUCUUGGUUCCGAGAUUGCCGGAGCCUUGAAGUCGUCACCUCAUUUCCAGUUGGAAAAGGCGGGACAAUUGAGCUGGUGUACAUGCAGAUGUAUGCUCCCACCACAUUAGCUCCUGCGCGCGACUUUUGGACAUUGAGAUAUACGACGACAUUGGAAGAUGGUAGUCUCGUGGUCUGCGAGAGAUCCCUAUCUGGUUCUGGUGCUGGACCAAAUGCAUCUGCUGCCAACCAAUUCGUGAGAGCUGAGAUGCUGCCUAGUGGUUAUUUGGUUCGAUCAUGUGAAGGGGGAGGAUCCAUAAUCCACAUAGUUGAUCACCUGGAUCUGGAGGCUUGGAGUGUGCCUGAAGUGUUGCGACCACUGUAUCAAUCAUCUAAAGUUAUAGCUCAGAAAAUGACAGUUUCGGCACUAAACCACAUCAGGCAAGUAGCUCAGGAGACGAGUGGCGAAGUGGUGUAUGGUUUGGGAAGGCAGCCUGCUGUUCUACGAACUUUUAGUCAAAGAUUGAGCAGGGGAUUCAACGAUGCACUCAACGGAUUCAACGAUGAUGGGUGGUCUUUAAUGACUUGUGAUGGUGCUGAAGAUGUAAUUAUGUCUGUUAACACCACCAAGAAUGUGGGAACAAUUAACUGUCCCACCAAUGUCCUCCCAGUGUCUGGAGGAACCCUCUGUGUGAAGGCUUCUAUGUUACUCCAGAAUGUCCCCCCUGCACUGCUGGUCCAGUUCUUAAGGGAACACCGUUCUGAGUGGGCUGAUUACAACAUUGAUGCGUAUUCUGCUGCAUCAGUGAAGUCCAGCGAUCACUCAUUCCCAGGAUUGAGGCCCACCAGGUUCUCUGGCAGCCAAAUCAUCAUGCCACUUGGACACACCGUGGAACACGAAGAGUCGCUGGAAGUAAUUCGACUUGAAGGCCAUGCUCUCACUCAAGAAGAAGCUGUUCUAUCCAGGGACAUUCAUCUUUUACAGAUUUGUAGUGGAGUGGAUGAGAAUGCGGUUGGAGCCUGCUCUGAACUUAUUUUUGCUCCAAUUGAUGAAAUGUUUCCAGAUGAUGCUCCCCUUUUGCCUUCUGGAUUCCGUAUUAUACCGUUGGAUACAAAACGAGACACGUCAACCUCGCACAGGACGUUGGACCUGGCAUCCAGCCUUGAGGUAGGCCUACCGACGAACCGUGGGACUGAAGAUGCAUCUCGGAGUACCUCUAACAUGCGAUCAGUGUUGACAAUAGCCUUCCAGUUUCCCUUUGAGUAUCAUCUUCGUGAAAAUGUUGCAACCCUGGCUCGGCAGUAUGUACGGAGUGUGCUUUCGUCCGUGCAGAGGGUUGCCAUGGCCAUUGCUCCCUCUGGACCGGGUCCACUGUUGGGGCCAAAGCUAUCUCCAGGAUCUCCAGAAGCUCUAACUCUUGCUCAUUGGAUCUGCCAGAGCUACAGUUAUCAUGUUGGAGCCGAACUGCUAAGAUCUGACAGUGAGGGAGGUGACUCUGUAUUGAAGCAACUCUGGCAUCAUCAAGAUGCAAUAUUAUGCUGUUCUUCGAAGUCCCUCCCAGUCUUCACCUUUGCCAAUCAAGCUGGACUUGACAUGCUAGAAACCACAUUAGUGGCAUUACAAGACAUUACAUUGGACAAGAUAUUUGAUGAGAGUGGAAGGAAGUCAUUGUGCGGGGAUUUUGCUAAGCUAAUGGAACAGGGUUUUGUUUAUCUACCAGGUGGGAUUUGUUUGUCAACGAUGGGUCGCCACAUUUCUUACGAACGAGCCAUUGCUUGGAAAGUCCUUGCAGAAGAGAACACCAUUCACUGCCUUGCAUUCACCUUCAUUAACUGGUCAUUCGUGUAAGCAAAUCAAUUCUAUCUCCAACAGCAAAUCAUCAAAGAAAGAUUGUAGUUAGUUUAUUCGUAUACUGUUGUAUCAAAAUGUCAGUGUUUGUUUGUUUGUUUGUAAAUUUAUAUUUAUUUGAUAUCUAUUUGAUUUCAAAUUUUCCAAGAUAGAGAAAAUCAAAAAGAAGAAAUUUGAAUAUGUUAAAAGUUUA